AUAGCAAGUUAGUAACAUGUCAUUGCCCAAAAUUCAGAGAUAAAAACAGUUUGAACAUAUUGAUAUCUGUGAGUACAUUUCCCUUUCCACUUCACCGCAGGAGAAGAAAUGGCGGAGCAACUGGAAUCAGAAGAAUCAGGCAACUUGUUUACCAAAAUCAUAGCAAUUGCGGCCGGCGAAGCUCAUACUCUUGCUCUCACUGCAAAUGGGGAUGUGUAUGCUUGGGGUAGAGGAACAUUCGGCCGACUUGGUACCGAUUCAGAAGCUGACCAGUUAUUCCCGGUUCGAAUCGACUUUGAACCGGCUGAUUCUGAUGGAGACAAAAAGAGGGUCAAGAUUGUUGGUAUUGCUGCUGGUGCUUAUCACAGUCUCGCUGUUGCAGGUAAUUACUCAUUUUCUCCUUUUAUUGGAUAGUUAAGUUAUAUUAUUUCAACUUUUUUCUCAAACUUUGUUUUUUUAUUCUUUCCGCAAAGUUCAAACUUUUUCCCUGUUUCAGUUUAAUUUAUUGACAUAUCGCAAAUAGUUAAAGUUUCGAUUAGUUUCAAAAAGUAUUUUAAUUUGGCAGUGAAAUCUUGAAGUUCAUCUCUGUAUGGAAGUGUAAUUUAGGCUGGCUACCCCCCAUUUCAUCAGUCACUGUAUUGACAAUGAAUUUUUUGGUUGUCAAGAGCUUCUGCUGCAAUUUGCUUUUUUUUUUUUGGCUUUCCCUUUUGCUUUUUCUCUCAGAAUAGUUAAGUUGCUCCAUAAAAUGUGUGUGUGUGUG